GGCAGGCCCAGCUCCGUGGCCCAGGCGCAGGCACCACCGCUGGAACAUGGGGCGCAAGCCGAGCCCCGGGGCUCAGGAGCUGGUGGAGGAGGAGGUGCGGACCUGCUGCGGCUGCCGCUUCCCGCUGCUGCUGGCACUGCUGCAGCUGGCGCUGGGCAUCUCGGUGACCGUGCUGGGCUUCCUCAUGGCGAGCAUCAGCCCCUCCCUGCUAGUCAGAGACACUCCGUUCUGGGCUGGGAUCAUUGUCUGCGUGGUGGCCUACCUUGGACUGUUCAUGCUUUGUGUCUCAUACCAAGUUGACGAGAGGACGUGUGUCCAGUUUUCUAUGAAGGUGUUCUACUUCCUGCUAAGCGCCCUGGGCCUGAUGGUCUGCAUGCUGGCCGUGGCGUUUGCCGCCCACCACUAUUCCCUGCUUGCGCAGUUUACCUGCGAGACCUCCCUUGAUUCUUGUCAGUGCAAGCUGCCUUCCUCCGAGCCGCUCAGCAGGGCCUUUGUUUACAGGGAUGUGACUGACUGUACCAGCAUUACUGGCACUUUCAAACUGUUCUUAAUCAUCCAGAUGGUUCUAAACCUGGUUUGUGGCCUCGUGUGCUUGCUGGCUUGCUUUGUGAUGUGGAAACACAGGUACCAGGUCUUUUAUGUGGGUGUUGGGCUGCGCUCCCUGAUGGCUUCUGAUGGCCAACAACAAAAGGCCUGACAGGUUGGCUCAGAGGGAGACAAGCUCAGAAACAGCACGCCUACCAACUAGCCAAGAUGAAAACCACAAUUUUUUAAAGGCAAACUUUUGACAACAAAUACUUUUUCAUUCUCUAAAUGUGUAUUUUUAGAUUUUUUUUCAGAAAACAAAACAACUUUUUUUUUGGAUCUCUAUUGUACUUUUUAAAAACGUCUUGUGAGGACAGGGGUGGAGAGACCGCUCACAAGUGAAGAAGACUUAGUGCUUUUGCAGAGAACUAGAGUUCGAAUUCAGUUCUGGAGCCCAUGUUGGGUGGCUCACAAUUACCUGUAUCUCCAGCUCCCGGGACAUUGGGUGCUAAGCGCGCGCACGCGCACACACACACACACACACACACAAGCACACACGCGUAAUUUAGAAAAAACAACUUAUUUUUAAAGUUUUAAUGAGAAACGAGAUUCGAAUUGACUUGGUGAACACCGAAAGAAAAAGAAAAACAGACAAGGAAUGGAUGACCUAGAGCCGGUGCUAUGCUUUGGUGCUUAUCCCCACCGCUCGUACAUCCUGCCCUCCUCCGACUUCCGGUUAGUCCAGUGCGAUGUGUGAAGUGGCAUCACAGGCCACUCCCUAGACUCUAAAUUCUUCUAGCUCUCUCUACCACCUGCCAUUAUUGCAGUGGUGUCUUUAAAAAGGUCUAAAGAAAGACGGAUCUCAGUUGAGUGCUUUUUAUUUUUCACAGUGGAGAUGUCUUCAGGGUAUGAAAUGGCUUUUUUAAAAAAACUAGUAUAACAGGAAGACUGAGUGGCUCUGAACACCUGGACUGGGGUGCAGCCUUCCGGUUGCCUUAGCUCGGAUCCACGAGUGGGCUGCAGCCUCCGUGAGGUCUGAUUCACCAUAAUUGAAAGGUGGUGCUGUUGCAUUCUUAAUGAUGUAGAAAGUUUAAAAAUAAUUAUAUUAUGCCUCUAGUCUGUCAUCUAAAACAAAUCAUUAAGACUAAUUUCCAGCUAAUUGUUCAUUAUAAUUAUGCUCAGGGUUCUGUUUAAUGAGCUCUGGCUGUUCUUAGGCAGCACCGUUGGUGUUAGGAAAAAUUACAGCCACAAGGGAAGAUAUCUGAAGAUCCACUUUCCUGGAAACCAACCACUGCAAAAAAAGAUCUUGUAAAAAAAACCAUUAAACACUCAGGUUUAAAAACCUCUCAGAGAAAAAAAACACAAGAGGAUUUGUCAUAGGAAAUUCUUAUAUUAGUAGCACAUUCGUGAUAUGUUGAAAAGUAUCUCCCUUGACCACCAAGUACCUUUGAUGGGGAGUGGGUAUUACCAGUGAGUCCUGUCAUAUACAUGGACUUCCUGUGAAAUCCUAGUAAUGAUGGCUUUUACAGUUGACCUAUAGACAGAAUGUCUCAAAGUCCUUGUUUGGGCGAUAGGUCCACAGGGUACUUAGUUUCAGUUUAGACUUAAGACACGAUACUUGGUUAAGACAGGUUUUGCUAUGUAAUUGGUUAAAAUUCCACCAGAGGAAUGGGGUGGUGGUGGCACAUGCCUUUAAUCCCAGCACUUGGCAGGUGUAUUUCUGUGACUUCAAGGCCAGCCUGAUCUACAAAGAAAGUUCUAGGACAGCCAGAGUAGACAGAGUAACCCUGCUUUGAAAAAAACAAAACCAAACAAAAACAAGAAAAAAGGACCAAUUUCAGACAAAAUUGCAUGAACACAACACUAAGCUUCCUGGUAUUAACCUGGGAAACCUUUAGUGUUUCUUAAGAAUAACCAGCUCUGGGCUGUGGCGAUAGCCCAGUUAGCAAAGUCCUUGCCAUCCCAGUAAGAAUUUAAUCCCAUGUAAAAGGGCCAGGCAAAGUGGCAUGUGCUCCUGGCAUUGCAGAGGCAUAGACAGGAGAUUCCUGGGGCUUCCUCACCAGCCAUCUUAAUUGUACCAGUUAACUCCAGUCCUUGAUGAGAGAGUUUGUCUCAAGGAAAAAAAAAAUAACUCAGAGUAGAUAGCUGACCUCUGGCCUUCACAUGUAUGCGCACGCACAGUUGAGACUAACCAAUUUCACACUGAUUUGUGAUAGUUUUCUAUAAAAACAGGAACAUGGUAGAGAAUCCAGGAUGUCACGGGAUGUCCUUUCAAAGUGAGGCUGUUUUCAUGUCUGUCCCUGUUCACCCAGCUGUGCUGGAAGCACGCACAGACUGUCUUUAUCCAACAAACUCAACAGGUUUUUGUUUUUUUUUUAAUGAGAAAAAUUAAGACUCCCCACGCAGUUAAGUUGCUAUGCUUUACAAACAACUCACAGGGGCGCAUUUUAAAGGGUAGAGUAAUUUUAGCCUGCGGGGUUUCUUACUUUCUAACACAACCAAGAGUUGCGAUGGUUUCAGCUUAUAAUAUCGUGUCUGCAUAGAAUGGGGAUUUUACUGUUAUGAUCAAAUUAUUCUUAACUCUCCAAAGAGGGGGAAACACUGCAAGUGAACAGAAGGCACACGGCCAGAUGACGGGACCCUUAGCUUACUAUGUGCUGGUUUGUGUAAGGACUGUGUUGUAUGAGUAACAAAUGGCUUUGGGCUGGAUUUGAAGUAUUUUGACGUUAUGUUUUGCAAAUAUUGAAGCUUCAGUAAGGGCAACAGAGAAGGAGCAGGCACACGGCUUCUCACUUAGCAAAAUGUUACACUUCAAAUCUGUCGCAGAGCCAAGACGGUGACUGUGCCUUCCAAACCGUAGAACAGUGAGGUUUGCACAGCCCCCCUCCCAUGCCUCCUUCAGGAGAAUUAAAUGAAUUAAGACUUUUCAAAGAGGAGAAACAGCCAGGGUUUGGCAGUACUUGGAAUAGGAAUGCCUGGGUGUACAGACUGUAACGGAGCCCGCUCACCGGGUCUGUGCCUUUACGUGACUGUCAUCUGUGGGUUCGUGCUCCAUCCAAAUUGGUGUGGGCAGUACCUUGGAGCCAUGCCUGGACCGUAGCUACUCCAAAGGCCUAGAAACUGUAGUUAAGUAGCAGGUCUCACAUCCCCCUCUUUGGAUUGAGAGCUCAGAUAGUCUCUUCUGAGUGGAAGGAACGCCUUCCAGUGUGUUCCCACAGUGAAAUUUCACUCAAUAUGUUUUUCAUCCAUGUCCAAGACAUGAGGAUUUCCUGAUAGUCGUUCACCGACUUCUGUGUGCAUUAUAUCUGGGGCAUAUUUAUGAAACUGUGGUAGAGCCUUGACGAAGUUCAGCCUAUCUGAUGGCCACUGAAGUGAAUGCAUGCCUUCUGAUUUUCUUGUCUGAAAUGAGCACUGCCCCUUUCAGAACUAUGGGUCUGUGUAUGGUGCUGCGAUUUCCUCUCCUGGCCUUAAUCAAAUCAAGAGUAGAAGAUGGAGUGUCUCUAUACAUUUGAGGUGGUUAUUUUUAAAGGGUGUGUGUUUCCUUUAUUAAUAAACUUUUCAUAAUCCAC